AUGGUGGCCAAGAAACCCCCAAGAAAACGAGGCAAUCGCAUCGCCGAGAAAGUCCACAAAAUUCAGGGGACCGGUCUCCGGCGGCCCCUGUUCAAUGACCGAAGAGCUCUCCCCCCGCCGCUCUCCCCGGACACAAAAACCACCCUCCCCCCGCCGCUCUCCCCAGACACAAAAACCAUCUUUCUUGAUUUAGACGAAACACUCAUCUAUUCCCGGAAAGUCCCUUCACCGGCAGGGUACGACUUCGUCGUUAAGGCGCCGUUGCGCGGGAGACUCGGCGACGUCGACGUCUUGGUGUCGAAGCGGCCACUCGUGGAUGAAUUCCUGGAAUCCCUGAGCAAGAAGAAAUACGAGAUUGUGGUGUUCACGGCGGCGCCAAAGGCGUAUGCGUCUCCGAUUCUGGACAAGCUGGACAGAAAAGGAUUGAUUUCGCACAGAUUAUACAGGGAUUCUUGCCGGAAAGUGGACGGCGAGGAACUUGUGAAGGACUUAUCGGGGUUGGGGCGUGAUAUGAAGAGGGUUGUGAUCGUCGACGACAACCCAACUAGGUAUUCUCUCCAGCCGGAAAAUGCAAUUCCGAUCUCCUCCUUUAGUAAUGAUGUGGAUGACUGGGAGCUAAAGAGGUUGAUUGAGUUCUUUGAUGCCUGUGAUGGAGUUGAAGAUAUGAGAGUCGCUGUUAAGGAUUUUCUGUCAAAACAGGAUCUGUCCACUUUGGAUAUAAUUUCUACAUUGUAG